AUGGCGCCCAAGCAGCCCCCGAAGCCCGAGUUCCAGGAGGGUGAGCGUGUGUUGUGCUUCCAUGGGCCACUUCUCUACGAGGCCAAGUGCUUGAAGGUGGCCACGGAGGACAAACAGGUGCGCUACCUGAUCCACUACAGCGGCUGGAACAAAAACUGGGACGAGUGGGUUCCGGAAAGCCGAGUCCUCAAGUACUCUGAGGCCAACCUGCAGAAACAGCGCGAGCUUCAGAGGGCCAACCAGGAGCAGCGGGCUCGAGGGGCUCCCCAGGGCCGCAAGGGCAGCGCCGCGGCCGCCGCCGCUGCCUCCCUGCAGCAGCAGCAGCAGAACGUGGAGACGCUCUUCCAGAACAUUCGCAUCACGCCCUCCACCUCCUCAGCCAUGGCCACGGCCAUGGCCAAAGCAGAGGCCCCCGGCCGCCAAACCAGAAAGUGCAAACAGAAAAGUGGCCCGAGAGAAGGGGGCAGCGGCGGCGGCGCCAGCGCCAGCACCAGCACCAGCACCAGCACCAGUACCAGCAUGGCCAGGGGGGGCGGCCAACCGCUCCAGAGAAGAAGGACCCGAGGCCAUUCCUCUGCCAGGGCCGAAGGGACUUCCGCCGCCCGCUCAGAGGCCAAAGUCCAGAUCCCCGAGAGGCUGAAGCCACUGCUGGUGGAGGACUGGGACCUGGUCACCAAACAAAAGUUGCUGUUUUCCCUUCCUGCCAGAAAGAACGUGGACUCAAUCCUGGAGGAGUAUGUCGCCUACCAGAAAGCACGUGGAGAGCAGGAUAACACAGUGUACGCUGCAGAGGACUUGGUGGGGGGAAUCAGAGCCCACUUCAACGCCCUGUUGGGCACCCAGCUCCUCUACGAGUUCGAAAGACCCCAGUAUGCUGAGAUCCUCGCUAACCAUCCUGAUGUCCCCAUGUCUCAGCUGUACGGAGCUCCCCACCUGCUGAGACUAUUUGUUCCCAUUGGAGAAGUGCUGGCCCAUUCUUCUUUUGAUGAGAAGAGUCUGGCUUUGUUGUUCAACUAUCUGCACGAUUUCUUAAAAUACUUAGCAAAGAAUCCUUCUGCUUUUUUUAAUGCCAGUGAGUACAAAGUUGCUCCUCCUGAAUAUCGUCAAAAGGUUGCCUAA